CUGAUUGGCCAGCGAGAUCGCCAUAUUCACCAGAGAAUGCUAGGAAAGUUCCGAGCUCCUCGACGGUCUUGAGGUUUUAAUUUGAACUCUUAGGUGUGAGGAAGCUACGAGCCCACAUAGAUGACCCUGGGGACCAUGAACCAUGAUACCAACAAAGAGGACCUCAUACAGCUAGAGCCACUUGUGCAUCAAGUUGGAGGUCAUUCAUCCAUGUUUGUAUUGGAUGACACAACUUUAUGCAAACCACUGAUUGGGAGAGAAUACAGAUUUUACCGCACACUUCCCCCUGAAGUAAAGAAGUACACCCCGCAGUUUCACGGCACAUUGCAAGUGGUCCUUCAAGAAGCAGGGGAUGGUUUGUCUCUGGCUGCGCUACCUAAUGAACAAAUGCCUUCAGCGAGAAGUAACCAAGCAGCGCUGAAACAAGGAAGAUGUCUCAGGCGCAUUAGUUCCAGUAGUGUUGAACUAGAGAGUGAUGAAGAAGAUGAACACCCAGUCACCCCACCAACAUCACCCAAUAGUGCCUGCAGUGCAGCCACAAACACUAGAACUUCAGCAGAUGAGAAUAUAUCAUCUCUUACUCAUCCAGACACACACAAUCCUUGGCUACAGCAGUGCCACCAGACAACACUGCACAAACUGAAACAAAAGUCUGAUUCUUCUAAUGUUGUAGAAUGUAUAAUGCUCGAGAACCUCACCUUCAAGUUCAGAUAUCCAUGUGUUCUUGAUCUGAAGAUGGGGACAAGACAAUAUGGGGAUGAUGCUCCGGAAAGCAAACGCAAAAGUCAAACUGCCAAGGCGGCUAACACAACCACAAUCACGUUAGGAGUCAGAUUGGUAGGAAUGCAG